AUGGAAUUUCUUUUAUCUCAUGGUGCAAAUAUAAAUGAAAAAUAUCAAAAUUCAGUAACACCACUGUGCUUAACUUUGGAAAAUAAAAAUCAAAAACUUGCAUUAGAGCUGAUCGAGCUCAAUGCUGAUAUCUCUUUGACAAAUUUAUCUGGCGAAUCCUAUCUUCACAUUGCCACCAGAGAAAAUUGCAAAAUGAUUGUAGAAACUCUUAUUUCUCGCGGUUUAAACGUAAAUGCAAAAGAUAAUAAAGGUGGAUCUCCUCUUCAUAUUGCUACACGAAUGAACUUUAAUGAUAUUAUGAAGAUUCUUCUUAAAAAUGGAGCAGAUCCAAAUGCAAUCUGUAAAAAUGACACUACUCCUCUUUAUAUUGCCGCAGAAAAUGAUUCAAAAGAACAAACAGAGCUUCUUAAAUCAUACGGUGCAGACAUAAAUUCUAAAUUAAAAAAUGGAAUCAAUGCACUAUUUCUUGCCUCAGAAAAUAAUAAUGUUGAAGCUUCACAAUUUCUUAUUUCAGAAGGAAUUGAUGUUAAAUUAAUCGACAAAUCCGGCAAAAACGUUCUUCACUACGCAGCGGGAAAGAAUUCAUUCAAUGUCAUCAAUCUUUUUGUUUCUCAUGGAGUAAAUAUUAACGCUAAAGAUAUGUACGAAAAAACACCUCUUCAUUACGCUGCAAUAAAUGAUUGCACAAAAGCAGUUGAAUCUCUCCUUUCUCACGGUGCAGCUGUUAAUAUAAAAAAUAAGAUUUGGAAAACGCCUCUGCAUUAUGCAUCUGAAAGGAAAUACAAAGAUAUUCCAAGUUUCCGAUUUACUAAGGAUAACAAUCUUAUGGCUAGGACAAUUGAGAAAUCAUCAGAAACAGUAGAAGUUCUUCUUUCUCAUGGGGCAGAUAUUUAUGCAAAAGAUAAAUUUGGGAAAACUGCUUAUUACUAUGCACAACAAUGUGGUGCCCUACAUAUUUAUAAUCUUAUUAUUACUAAGUUUUGGCUUGAAUAA